CUGAUCACAAUGUUGUCCCUGAUCUAGGCUCCAGACAGGUAUGCGUGGUGCUUUUGGGAAGCCCCAGGGCACAGUGGCCAGGGUUCACAUUGGCCAGGUCAUCAUGUCCAUCCGCACCAAGUUGCAGAAUAAGGAACAUGUGAUUGAGGCUCUGCGCAGAGCCAAGUUCAAGUUCCCUGGCCGCCAGAAGAUCCACAUCUCAAAGAAGUGGGGCUUCACCAAGUUUAAUGCAGAUGAGUUUGAAGACAUGGUUGCUGAGAAGCGCCUCAUUCCUGAUGGCUGUGGUGUCAAAUAUAUCCCCAAUCGUGGUCCUCUGGACAAGUGGAGAGCCCUGCAUUCCUGAAGGCUUCCACGGUGCUCUCUUAUACCCUACCUACAAAAUCAUGUUCAAUAAUAAAUCUUGCAUCAA